AUGUCUGACUCCUCUUCUUCCUCCUCCAACCCAGCAUCCCCCACAGCCACCGGUGGCCGAGACAUCACCCCCACCGUCGUCACCACCUCAGAAACAGCAUCAUCAUCAACUUCCGAAGCACAAUCCUCCAUCGAAGCUCUUUCCUCUACCAUCUCCUCUGUCGCCAUCAACCCCACCAUUGUCACCGCCUCAGAAACACCAUCAUCAUCUUCAUCAUCAUUUUCCUCUUCCAAAGCACAAUCAUCCAUCCAAUCUCUUUCCUCCAUCCUUUCCUCCAUCCCUUCCUCUAUCUCUUCCUCCCCAAACCCUUCCUUUUCUCUUCUCCACGACCCUACCAUAUCCUCCCAAAUCUCCUCCCUUCUUCGCCACCCUGACUCAGGCUCAGGCGACAACAACCUUUGUCGCUGGCUCUAUGACACCUUCCAUUCAACGGACUCGGAGCUCCAACUCGUUGUCCUUCGUUUCAUUCCCAUCAUCGCUGGAGUCUACAUCUCCCGCAUCGCUCUGCGUAAAUCCCUGGCUGGUUUUGAGGCUAUUUUAUUAGCCCUUUACGCUCAUGAAACCACUGCUCGUGAAGGCCAACCAAUAACCGUUCACGUACCAGAUUUGUCGCAUCCUAGUAUUUAUCAUGAAGCCAAACCGUCUAACAAAAACAACGCAACCGAGCUAAACCUAGCGGUGAUAUCUCCCAGUUUGGAGCCUCAUGGAACUAUGCGAUCGACAAGAAGGGCAAGGAUUGUUGGGGUUGCCUUAGAGUUGUAUUACAGUAAGAUAUCUCAAAUGCCAGUGAGUUCCAAGAUUGAAUUUUGCGAGUUUUGCGAGAUUUGGGCAGGUCAAAACAGAGAUAAGUGCAAAGAUGGUGAAGAUCAUGGCGAGAACAACGGUAGCAAUGAUCAGAUCAACAACGGUAGCAAUGAUCAGAUCGAGAAGGUAAAGAAGAAAGAAGGGAGGAUUCCUUUGCCAUGGGCUUUGCAGCCAAGUUUGAGGGAUCUUGGGCAUCUGCCUUUUGGGGUUCCUCAUAGAAGUAAGGAGCUGUUUGAUGCGGCUUCUUCAGUAACAAAGAGUUUGUAUGGAGUCUUUGCAUGA